AUGAGUCGCGCGGAAGCUACCUGCGUCACCACUGGAGGGGAGAUCCGCGCCGUUGCUGCGGUUGAUGCCGCCGGAAUUGCUCUGCCGCCACCAGAAUUUCUGGUCGCUGCCAUUUUGGUGAGCUUGCCCUAUUUCUGUGGCUGUUAUAAGUUACGUUGUCGCUGCCGGAGAAGCUGUUGUGGUCGCCGGAACCAUCACCGGAGCUUCUGCAGUUUGAUUCAGUCUUUAAUCCUUUCUCACGGGUCAAGCUCCGGUAAUUGCGGGUCACGAUUAAAGCUGCCACCGAACCGGUUCGUAGACCGCCGCUGUUCUGUUCAGCCGUUCUUUAUUCGUUCCGCUGUUUCUGCUUUCGAGAGGGAGCAAGCAGGGCCGAGGUUCUAAUUGUCGAUGAUUUCGGGCUGAGCAAAAAGGAAUCAGUUAACAAGUUUGGGUUAUGACUUGCGUUUUGAGGUAGGGGCG